UGCCCCUAGCCGCGCCUGGGCGGCUAGUUCAAGUUGCCAUAGCUGCGAGUCAGGGGUGAGCAGAGUCGGUUGCGCCGCAGCGUUGAGUCGGUUGCACCUUCGGGGUCGCUGGUAGCCGCGGGAGCCGGGUGGGGCCUCGGCGAUGAUCCGGCAUUAAGAACCUGGAGUCACCUUGGGUCUAAGGUACCUGUGCCAGCUGCUCCCUUGUCCUUUUUUUCACUUCCCCCUGCAGAGACAUUUAUGUCCCACUUCCCCUUGUCCCAGGGUGGAGACACCAGAGCAGCCAGGGGUGUUUUGGGGGAAGUGUAGAGGCAACCCAAAAGAGCAUCUACUUGACUAGACCUUUUGCCCGGAAUCUCAUGAAGAAAUGAUAGGAGGCAGGCAUCCGUGCCUAAGAAGAGCACUGAGCUCAAAGGACAGCAACACAGAGUUCUGGGAGUGUACUUUGAGUUCCACCAGAUGCAGGAGUCUGAACAGCUCUCAUUGCUCAAAGUAAUUGAAAUUAAUAGCAGAAGACUUAGAGUGCACCCGGGAAGCUCAUGCCAAAAACUGAUUCUAUCUUAUUGAAAGUAUGUAAUCCUAGCUGGGGAUUUGUAUACAUCAAUGGCAGAAUCAUCCAGUGAUUCAGACCACUUCCGCUAUCGUAACCGAUUUAGUCGAUGGGCAACCAGGACAGUUCAAAGGGAAACUGGAAGUCAUCCGACAGUAGAUGUCACUGCGAAGGUCAACACUAUAACCAGUACUUUACAGGACACCAGCCGGAACCUGCAACAAGUGGAUGAGAUGCUUGGACGAUAUCGAGACUAUAACAUUGGACAUGCGGGUGCUAUUGAACAGUUAAAGGGAGAUUUGGAGCAGUCGAUAAGCCAACUGCGGAGUCAGCGCUUACAGAGAAACUUGGGAGGGAGAAGUGCUUCUGUUACCAGCCUGAGUGCAAGUGAUCUCGAUGGUGGCAUUGUGGCAGAGAGUCUUCGCUUUAUACCUACCUCACCGCUGAAGGACUAUGAGCCCCAGGGUAUUAAACGAAACAGGUCCAGAACUGGGGUUCGGUUUGUUCGGGAGACAGACGACAUGGCCCAGCUGCAUGCAUUUCAUCAGUCCCUCCGAGACCUCAGCAGUGAACAAGUUCGGCUUGGAGAUGAUUUCAACAAGGAGAUUUCCAGAAGAAGCCGGUCGGAUGCUGAAACAAAAAGGGUUUUGGAAGAAUUGACUGAGAAGCUUAAUGAAGCCCAGAAACAAGAUGUGGUUUCAGAUCGAGUGGAGCAGCGGCUUCAGGAAAUAGAGAGAGAGAUGCGCACGGAAAGAGAGCUGGUGGAAAGACGACAGGAUCAGCUGGGACUCAUGUCCUUGAAGCUUCAGGAGGCCCUGAAGAAACAAGAAGCUAAAGCAGAUGAGAAUGAGGACGUAAUGAAAAACAAGCUACGGCAAACUGAAACUGAGAAGAGUCAUCUGGAACAGGAAUUGGAGCUCUCUCGAAGGCUGCUGAAUCAAUCUGAAGGCAGCAGAGAAACACUUUUGCAUCAGGUGGAAGAAUUGCGUACUCAGCUUACGAAAGCUGAAGGGGACCGGAAGGGUUUACAACACCAAGUAGCCAAGCAGCAGCCGAGCUCCCAGGAUGAUCAACGAGAUGACUGGAGGUUUAGAAGAGGGGUAGAGCGGGAGAAACAGAGUCUGGAGAGGCAGAUGGCGGAACUGCGGGUGCACCUGAACUUCAACGCCAUGGCUUCCGAGUUAGAGGAGGUGAAGCGGUGCAUGGAACGGAAGGACAAGGAGAAAGCCAGUUUGGUGGCCCAAGUAGAGACUCUAACACGUGACUUGGAGAACAGGGAAAAACAACAGUUGCAGAUGUUGGAUCAACUUAAGGAGAUCCAGAAUCACUUUGAGACCUGUGAGGCUGAUCGUAAGCACAAUGACCUCCAGAUCUCAGAGCUGACUCGCCAUGCAGAGGAUGCGACCAAGCAGGCAGAACACUACCUUAGUGAGUUCCAGAGGUCGGAGGCCCUGCGAGAGGAGGCAGAGAAGAGGCGAGAAGACCUGAAAACGAAGGCCCAGGACUCCAUCCGCCAGUGGAAGGUGAAGCAUAAGAAGCUGGAGCGGGCAUUGGAGAAACAAGCUGAAACCCUUGACCAGCUGACAGAAAAGAACAAUCAGCUUCUGAAAGAGAAAGAUGAAUUGAAAAGCCAGUUUUAUGGAGCAUUGCAACAGAUUGAGAAUCUCAGGAAGGAACUGAAUGACGUCCUGACCAAGCGUGCUCUGCAGGAGGAGGAGCUUCACUGUAAGGACCAGAAACUCAGCGAUGUUCAGUCUCACCAAGUUGAACUUGAGCUGGAGGUCAAGAAUUCCCUCGACACCAUCCAUCGGCUGGAAAGUGAAUUGAAAAGACAGAGUACGAUGCAAAGCCAGAUAAAAGCCGAGAAGAUUCACCUGGAGGAAGAAAUUGCAGAGCUGAAGAUGAGCCAGGCCCAGGACAAAAUCAAACUUCUGGAGAUGCAGGAGUCCAUCAAGGACUUGAGUGCCAUCCGAGCAGAUCUCGCUAAUAAAUUGGCCGAAGAAGAGAGAGCUAAGAAAGCUGUGUUCAAGGACCUUUCUGAACUGAUGGCCCAGACCAAGUCCAAAGAGGAAGAAAUGGCUACCAUUAUCACACAGUUAAACUUAGAACGAGACGUUCACCAGAGGGAGCUGGAAGAUCUCACAUCCUCACUGCACAGUGUGAAAACGAAGCACGAACAGAAUAUCCAGGAGCUGAUGAAGCACUUUAAGAAAGAAAAGAGUGAAGCAGAGAAUCAUAUCAGGACACUGAAGGCGGAGAGCCUGGAAGACAAGAAUAUGGCUAAAGCCCACCGCUGUCAGCUGGAGAAGCUGACCUCCCAGUGCGAGAAACUGACGGAGGAGUUAGCCCAGAAUGAAAACGAGAACAGGAAACUGAAGCAGAAGUACCAGUGUCUGAAGGAGGAACUAGAGGAAAAGGAGAAACAUAUAAGUAAUGAAGAAGAGCACUUACGGAGAAUGGAAGAGGCCAGGCUGCAGCUCAAGGAUCAACUUCUUUGUUUGGAGACGGAACAGGAGUCUAUUCUUGGUGUAAUAGGAAGGGAAAUUGAUGCAGCUUGUCAGACUUUCUCCAAAGACUCAGUGGAGAAAUUGAAAGUAUUUACCUCUGGGCCUGAACUACAUUAUGACCCACAUCGCUGGUUAGCUGAAAGCAAGACCAAGCUUCAGUGGCUCUGUGAGGAGCUGAAAGAGAGAGAAAGCAGAGAGAAGAACAUGCGGCAGCAGCUGAUGCUCUGCAGACAGGAGCUCAGGGACCUGACGGAGCACAAGGAGUCUGAGCUGCUCUGUCUGUUCGAGCACAUCGAGAGGCAGGGGCAGCUUCUGGAGGAGUUCCACCAGGAGAAGAGAGGUCUGCUAGAAGAGACUCAAAGAAAAGAAGAAGAGGUGGAAACUCUACAGCCGAAUCUGCUAUUUAAGCUUCCACCCUGGGAAGAAGCUAGUCAGUCUGCAGUGAGAACUCAGAAUGCAGCUCAAUUUGAAGAUAAAGCAGACCGUGUAAAUGCAUUAGAAACGUAUCAUGCAGUAGAAUCUUACAGGCCUUUUCCAAGGGGUCCCCUGGAACCAAAGAGUACCCGAGUGGCCUUAGACCAUCUGGAGUCUGUGCCUGAGAAACUGAGCCUGCUAGAGGAUUUCAAAGACUUCAGAGAUUCCUCCAGUUUAUCUGAGAAAACUGAUGGCAGAUACUCUAAAUACAGAAUUCACAGAGAUUCUCUUCAACAGCGCCGAGAUGACACCAAAUACAGAAUCAAGAGCUUUAAAGAUGACAGACCCUUUGCUGAAGGUUCCCACUCUCAUGGCCUAGAUCACUCAUCCUCUUGGCAAGAUCGCAGUUUCUUCCUGUCUAGUCCACGGUAUUCACACUUCAACUCCUUGCCAGCGUUUACCAAAAGAACCAUUGCCCAAGAUCCAGCUUCAAUCAAGGAAGAUGCCACAAGUUUACCAGUGAAUGGAACAAAUCCACAGUCCAAGAAGGAGGAAUAUGAGAGCAGAAAAUACAAAAUAUAAUUCACAACUUUACUUGAGUAUUUUACAAAUAAUACCCUAUGGUUCUUUUUGCCCUUUGGCUCAGAUUAUCUAAAGACAUCAUGUGGCUUUGGCUCCCUGGAACUGCCCAGCAUUGACUAUCACGGCUUUACAGUCAGUCUUUGUGAGUGAGAGUAAGUUUAGCCAGUGGAAGUAAUAUCAACUUAUGAACGAUACACAGCUCACUUAGAGGCAACUCAUACCGGCAGAGAAAGCGAUCAUUUUUGCUUUGUAUUUUCCCAGUGUCACACUUUUCCAAACCAACCUUGAAUUUAUAAUUGAUGCCUUUCAAAAAUGACUGGCUGGAAGGAGGGGAAAAAAAUGUUCCCUCCAGGCAAAGGUUUAGAGUCGGGAGCGUUUGGACAUGAUUGAUUUUUAAAUACUUUCUCCCUAAUCAGUUCUCAUGUGUUGUACCAUGGCAUGGAGAUGCCUAUGUAAUAUGAGACUGCCUUUUAAAUGCUUAUCACCACUCAUCUGUUAUGGCAGCAGUCUAUUACGACACGUAGUAUCUUAAAACUAUCCCAAUGAUCAUUUUUAAUUGCAAAAGAAUUUAUAAAUGAUAGCUGAAUCGUAGAUCACUGUAAAGAAUUCACAGCACCAUUUAUUUAUUUGUCUUGUUGUGGCCAAAUGUCCUACUGUGAUCACCGCAGUCAUACCCUGGAUGAUCUUUGGUUUGCUCUGACUCAAAUCCCAGCACCGCUCCCCUGUGACAGUGGGGUUCACUCUGCAAGAGCCCCUGUAUACUUUGGUGCUACCUGACUGCUUUUUACAUCCCAGCAUUUUCAACAUCAAAGUGUUUGUAAAACCUUACCGCCUUUCCAUGUUCAUCUACCAGUGAAGAAAAUUUUAUAUUCACAUGCUAAAGAAUGGUCAUCAUCCAGGAAGUGAGUCCCCCUGGGCCAUGGUGGAAAGCCUCUGCACAGAUACAGGAACAAUAAAGCAAUCCUUUGUAAUGUA